AGUUCGUAUAAUUUCAGAAAUGGUCGCCAGGCGGCUCUGAGCUCACGGAAAACGCCGGAGAAGCGGGCGAGCCCCUGACAGAGGAGUAAAUCUGCAGAUCAACACCAAUCCUCUCGUUUCCUUCUCCUCCUCCAGCAGCAGUGGUCAGCUUUCAGCAGCCGCCCGGCGCGCUCUGCGCUACCGACCUCCGGAUCAUAACCAUCCGUGCGCUUGAAAAUUCUGCGUUCGUGUUGGAGUUUACGAUCUCAUUGUGCUGCUGCAUUGAGCUCCUGGAUUUCUUCUGCACCUCUUCAUUCUGUGGAUCUGAUAGAUAGAUAGAUAGAUAGAUAGAUAGAUAGAUAGAUAGAUAGAUAGAUAGAUAGAUAGAUAGAUAGAUAGAUAGAUAGAUAGAUAGAUAGAUAGAUAGAAGGUUUUUAGGCUGAAGGAGUGAUGUGAUGGUUGGAUUCCUCCUACAUCUCACUUGCUACAAUGGACCAAAUCAUACACUGAAACAUCACUGCUCAAGACACAAUGGUCCUUGUUUUUUUUUUGACAGUAACAACUCUACAACCAAACACAUCAAUUUCAACAGACGAAAAAAACAAUGAGGACCUGGUGCAGUCCAGCGCACUCAUCCUGCCCAUACUGCUGAGUCUGUCCGUCUUGGUGCUUUUUCUGGGGUUGCUGACCUGGUAUUUCCUCAGGUUGAAAAACCAGAGGAAAGCUGUCAUCACAGCUGUCGACAAGAAAAUACCAAAUGGCAUCCUGGAAGAGCAAGAACAACAGACGGUGGUCUUACUGCCCAGAUCCCCUUCCACAUGCAAAACAUAUCUCCCCAUUCCUGUAGACCACUUAGAAGAAGAGUAUCGGAUACGCUCGGCCGAUGAUGGGAAACUCUUCCGGGAAGAGUACAGUUCAUUACCAGGGGGUUCGACACAAGGAACAUGUGAACAGGCCAAUAAAGAAGAAAACAAGGAGAAGAACAGAUAUCCCAACAUCUUACCUUAUGACCAUUCCAGAGUGAUUUUAACACAGAUGGAUGGAGUCCCGUGUUCAGAUUAUAUCAAUGCAUCAUAUAUCGAUGGUUAUACAGAUAAGAAUAAGUUCAUUGCAGCACAAGGUCCGAAACAAGACACGACUGCAGACUUCUGGAGAAUGAUAUGGGAACAGAAAUCAGCUACUAUUGUAAUGCUAACUAAUCUGAAAGAGAGAAAAGAGGAUAAGUGUUAUCAGUAUUGGCCUGAUCAGGGAUGCUGGACAUAUGGUAACGUCCGUGUUGCUGUGGAAGACAUUACAGUUCUGGUGGACUACACCAUACGCAAAUUCUGUGUGCAAUAUCAGGCCAGCGACGGCACCAAAACACCCCGUCUGGUCACGCAGCUUCACUUCACCAGCUGGCCUGACUUCGGCGUUCCCUUCUCGCCCAUCGGCAUGCUGAAGUUCCUGAAGAAGGUGAAGCAGGUGAACCCGGCAUUGGUCGGGCCCAUCGUGGUGCACUGCAGUGCCGGCGUGGGCAGGACAGGAACGUUCAUCGUCAUCGAUGCCAUGAUUGACAUGAUGUAUGCAGAAAAGAAGGUGGACGUCUUCGGCUUCGUGUCAAGAAUACGUGAGCAGAGAUCGCAGCUCAUUCAGACAGAUUUGCAGUACUCCUUCGUCUAUCAGGCUCUGCUGGAGUACUUCCUGUACGGAGACACGGAGCUGGACGUUUCCUCUCUGGAGGGUCACCUGGAUAAACUUCACAACACCAGCGCGCCGCUGGACCGUGUGGGCCUGGAGGAAGAGUUUAAGAAACUGACAAACAUGCGUAUAAUGAAGGAAAACAUGAGGAUGGGCAACCUGCCUGCCAACAUGAAGAAGAACAGAGUCCUUCAGAUCAUUCCAUAUGAUUUUAACCGAGUCAUCCUUUCGAUGAAGAGAGGGCAGGAGUUCACCGAUUAUAUCAACGCUUCUUUCAUUGAUGGGUACCGGCAGAAGGACUAUUUCAUCGCCACACAGGGUCCUCUAGCACACACGGUGGAUGAUUUCUGGAGGAUGGUUUGGGAAUGGAAGUGUCACUCGAUCGUGAUGCUGACAGAACUGCAGGAGCGAGAUCAGGACAAGUGUUUUCAGUACUGGCCUACUGAGGACUCAGUGACUUAUGGAGACUUCACAGUGGAGAUGAAGGGAGACACACUGUGUGACACGUUCAGUCUCCGAGAUCUGCUGCUCACAUUCGGCCCGGAGAAGCAGACACGUUUGGUUCGGCACUUUCAUUUCCACGGCUGGCCAGAGAUCGGGAUCCCAGCUGAGGGUAAAGGGAUGAUCGACAUCAUCGCAGCGGUGCAGAAACAGCAGCAGCAGUCGGGUAACCACCCCAUCGCCGUGCACUGCAGCGCUGGAGCGGGUCGGACCGGUACGUUUAUCGCUCUCAGUAAUAUUCUGGAGCGAGUGAAAGCCGAGGGUUUGCUGGAUGUGUUUCAGACUGUGAAGAGUUUACGAAUGCAGCGGCCACACAUGGUGCAGACAGUGGAACAGUAUGAUUUCUGCUACAGAGUGGUACAGGACUUUGUCGACAUUUUCUCAGACUAUGCCAAUUUCAAAUGAUCUAAUCUGCCUUAAAUGUUUGAGUUUGAUGCUUUUUUACACAUCAGUCGGUCAGGAUUUUGCACCGCGACUGGAAGAUAAUUGCGCUCUAUUUUGCUAUGCACUCCUCCUCGAUGUUACUAAAAGACCACAUCUGUCUGUAAUAUACUAAGGCUUCUAAAGUUUUCAAAACUGUAAAUUGUUUUGACUCCUUUAUAACAUAUUUAAAUGGGUUAUUUUAUUUUGGUCUUUCUCACAUCGGAUCAUUCCAGUUGGACUUCUGUUGUUAUUGUAAAAUAGUGUUUUGUCUGUUUAUUUGGUCAACUAAGUAUUUUUAUUUUUUAUUAAGCGACGCGUGUAGAAUUUGUAAAGCUGUAGGUGGUUUGUAUUUAUGCACAGACAGGACGUCCUGCCAGAUAAAACAUGUAUGUGAAUGUUCCAUGCCAUUUUAUUUAUUCAGAGUUAUUGUCUUACAAUUUAUGAAAGAUAUCAUUGUGUCAAAAAGUUGUUUUGUUCCUGUCUUUAACAUUGUGCUCAUCAGCCAUUGCAAAGUGAACAUUUUUGACUUUUUUUUUUUUUGUUGUUGUUGUUUCAAAGCAGCAAAUAUACAUAAAGCGAGUGAGAUUAUUUAGGUUUGACAGGAUACGGCUAAAGUAUUGUUCGUAAGAAAGGCAUAAACAAACACAUUCACAUGGUGUAACAUCAGCAAGAAUUUCAAUUAGAAGUGAUCUUGCACAGAAACAGCAACUGUAUGAGACUUGUGACCUUUGACCUUAAACGUCCUGCAUCUGUUUCCCUGAGAAUGAUGCUGAGAAAAACUGCACACGUUUUUAAAGCACACACACCACUGAUCGUUGCCUUGCAGAAGACCAAGGAUUUACAAAUAAAUUAACAAAUGCAUUAUAAAAUUA